GAAAGGACAUCACUUCUUCCAGAAGCGCAUGAAGGACCUUCAAAGCAGCGUCUUCAAAUGCAGCUUUUUUGGGGCACCUUUCGUGGCCAUAACGGAUCAUGAAGGAAUACAGUGCUUGUUCGACCAAAAAUUGGUAGAAAAGGAACCCGGAUUUGGAAAUUUCCGUUUCAAUCAAAGCCUUUUGGGGGACCACGUACCUUCCAUGUUUUCUAACGGCGACAGACACCGUCAACAGAAGGCAUUUCUGAUCGCAGUUUCACAAAAUAUGCUUCGAAUGGGUCGGCAUAUACCUAAUAUCAUGGACAUAAUGCCGGAACAUUUGAUUAAAUGGAAUUUCAAAGAAGGUAUGGGAAACCCAAGUCAGGAGGAAUGGGAGGAAAGAAUUCUUCAUCUCGCCAUGGACGUGCUGAGUGAAAGUAUGCUUGGAAUACGACUGAGUGGACACAGCUUUUUGCAGUGGAGAUUUGAAGUUCUUAAAGAAGAGAGGACGUGCUUCGGCAAACCAUCUGGGAAAUACAAGAAAGCACUUCACGCGUUUAACCAUUUGAAAGACGCCAUAGCAAAUGCUCCUGAUAUUGAUCCAGUCUUAAAGGAGGCAGCCAAUCACGGUCUAACAGAAGAAGAGGCGGUCUUGGAGAUUCUGUGGAUGUUGAAUUUUAAUGCCGCCCCUGGUACUGGAGCAGCCAUGCGGUCAGCAGCUGCACGCUUGUCCAUCAUGAAUUGCGAGGAACGAAAUGAACUGAAGAACGAGAUCCGAGAAUGCUUGGGACCCAUAGGACUGAAUCUUAAAACACUCCACAAGAUGAAGAAGUUAGAUAACUUAGUUUGUGAGGUUCUCAGGAUGUAUCCACCAGUGGCGUUGUAUUUUGGAAUCGCCAGGAGAGCGUUCUUCGUCAAGACUUCUUCUGGAAUUUACAAAAUUGACAAGGGGCAAAAAGUCGUAGGGAAUUGUCAUUUGGCUCAGAGAGAUCCCAAGGUUUUUGGCAUCUCUGGCUGCGAGGGCGUAGACGAGUUUGAUCCCAGCAGGUUUAAUGUUAAGGGUCUUAAGUCCAAGCUGAUCUGUACGCACGGUCCAUUGUCUGACCCACCCUCCCCUGAAAACCACAAAUGUACAGGGACGAAUGUUGGAUACGUCACGCUUAAGUGUUUCGUUCUUUACUUGAUCAUGUUCUGUGACUGGAGUUUGGAAGAAAGACCAUUCUGGACUGACAAAUCACUAAUUCGUUAUGGAAAUCCGGACGAGCCCAUCCGCCUAAAAUACUUCAAGUAUACGAGAGAUAAGGAAGAGCUGUUGCUACCUGAUCAACCGGACAGUAGCAGCAGAAGCGAUGAAGACGUAAACGACGGUCCGCCUGGUGACAGUGAGUGUCCUGUGGAAGAACCUGAUGCACGAGGAAACUGCCCGCUUUGACAAGGCAUGAAGAAUGUGCUGUGUUACUUUGGAAGUUGUCAUCUUGAUAUCUUCCAAAACACAGGACAUUUAAGCUGGAAGUUAAAUUAAAACCAUCCCUGUUUUCUCUCCAGAAAGGGAGAUAAAGAGCACGUUUUCACUACUAUUUUGUCAACUUCUAAGAUUAUUACUCGGAGGGAGAGCUUCUCAAGGAAUUUCUUAGAGAAAAGAUUGCGGUAAAGCACGCGCUGAUAAACUAAGACCGUUAAUUACAGUUGUAAAGAGUUAGUUGUCACCGUUGGCUAAGUAUAUUCGUGGUACAUGCAGGACCCCCAUAUUUUUAUAUUUAAGUGUUUCUGCAAGUAAAGUAAAAUAUUUAAUCAUAUCAACGUGCCAUUUAGUAAUUAAACGACUCGCUAACGCGUAAAUCUUUAUAUCUUUACCUCACAGGAGAAUUUCUCUAGUCUUGAUUUCUACCUUUUUGAACUAGUGAAUUUAUAGUGUGGAAUUUUAUAACAAGUGUAAUUUACUAUCCAAUCAUCUUCUACUAUUCAACUGCGUCCUAUCUGUUGUCAAGCUUUCAUUACACCUUUUACUGAUGUCAUUAUUACUAAAUUUAUCAUAAUUUAUGUUCUUGAUAUAUAAUAUUAUUAGUAUAAGAUUUUAUUAAAAACUGGAUCAUUAGCUAAUACAA